AUGAUAAAAAAUACACCAAGUAUUGCUGAAGAAGAUGAACUAACUGAUAUUGAUCAAUCUAAUUAUGAUCAAUUACGUAUUUGGAAUAAUGUACAAACACAAACUAAUCUUGUCAAAAGUCAAAACGAACAAUUUCCAUUCAAGACAACAGCUAUAAUGAAAACAGGUUUAAUAUCAUGGCGUUUUCCUCGUCUUUUACUUGAUUUUAUAUCUGUUUCUCCACAUAUGCUUGUUCAUGCAGAAGAACAAUUGUAUCAAGGUUUGAAAAAUAAAUAUUUCGGUGAAUAUAUACAUAUACGCGGUGAUAAUUCAAUAUGGACAAUUCGAAGUUUAUAUUCACCUGAAAAUGCUAUUCCAAUUGUACUUAUUCAUGAUUUUGGUUGUGCUAGUGGUAUAUGGAUAGAAAAUAUCGAUUUUUUAAGUGCACGUCAUCCACUUUAUAUGUUUGAUAUACUUGGUUUUGGUCGUUCAUCACGACCAAUAUUUGAUCAAACAAAUUCUACUAAAGCUGAAACAAAAUUUAUUGAAUCAAUUGAAGAUUGGCGUAUAGCUGUUGGUUUACAAGAAAAAUUUUUUUUAGUUGGUCAUGGUUUUGGAGCAUAUUUGGCUACAUUGUAUACAAUUCGAUAUGGAUCAUAUAUUAAAAAAUUAAUUCUUCUUGAUCCUUGGGGUUUUAAUCCGAAGCCAGAUGAAUGUCAAUUACAUUUAUCUACACCAUUUUGGAUUAAGUGUCUUGCAUAUAUUACAGAAACAUGGACAUCAUUUUCAGCAUUUCGAUAUCUUGGACCUCUAGGAUUACCAGUAUUAAAAUUCCUUGCACCACGUUGGAAACGUCUAACACCAGUCGAUAAUUCAAAUAUAAAAUCAGAUACUCUCUAUGAAUAUUUAUAUCAUGUUAAUGUACAACCAGCUAGUGGUGAUGUUGGUUUUCAAGCAUUGGCAUCAUGGUACGGUUGGGCUAAAGAACCUAUUGUUCAAGUAAAUCAUUCUCGUUUGGAAAAUAUUUCUGAUGAAAUUUCAAUAGUAUUUAUCUAUGGAUCACGUACACAUAUUGAUAGUUCAGUUGCACAACAAAUACUUCAUCAACGUGGUUCAGAUAAUACAUGUAUCAAAAUUAUUCAUAAUGCAGCACAUUUCUUUUUUAUGGAAAAACCAAUACAAUUUCAUGAAGUGAUGAUUGAUAUAUUAAGUGAUUUAUCAGAUGGUGUCCAUUCAUUAGCAUCGGAAGAUAAUCGAAUAACAACUACAAUACGUCGAGAAUAA